AACAUGGUCAAAAUAUCAAUGUUUUAUUACUAGCACAACGCUGAUGCUGAAACACAAUGGUAUGGACAAGCAUGAAACCAGAUUUCCAACAGACAGACAGCAUUUGUACGAGCGUCCUAUUCCUACAUAGUUCAUAACGCCGAGUGCUGCCAACAACCUCACUCACUCAAGAGGCAAUAGUGAAAAGUGUACUGCUCAAGUAAAACUUGUCUGUCUUUAAUGGAGGAAUCAACAAAAAAUGCGGAGGCUAAGAAAGAAAAGAAGAGAGGACAUCGUCCUCUCAUCGUAGCACAAUCACCGGCCGAAAAGGCCCACAUCAUGGUCCCUGCCAUGUGUAGCACUGCCAUUUACCGCCUCAGAGGUGAACUGGGUCUCGGCUCCUGCGGUGCAGCCAUUCACUGGCUCGUCCACCAUGCCCGGCCUGAUCUCAUUCCCGCCCCCGAACCACCCACUAAGACUAAAUCGGCUAAGACUUGCCCCAGUCGCAAAACGGACUCCGUUGAUCAUGACCCAAUUCCAAAACCCGCUUGCAUGGCGAGGGCAGAUGGUGAUACGCCUGUUUCUGAUUUUCCGGCUACCGCCCGGGCAGCGAGGUCUCCGGUGAGAGCCACUGUGGUGCAGGCUUCGACGGUGGUUUUUGACACUCCGGCAACAUUGGCAGAUAAAGCAGAGAGAUUGAUUGCUGGUGCAGCAGCAUAUGGGUCACAAUUAGUUGUGUUUCCAGAAGCUUUUGUUGGUGGUUAUCCUAGGAGUGUGAGGUUUGAUGCUACAAAUCCAACUGAAGGAGAUGAUGGUUUGCAGAGGUACUAUGCCUCAGCUAUUGAUGUGCCUGGUCCUGAAGUUGAGAGACUUGCGAAAAUUGCUGGUAAAUAUAAAGUACACUUAGUAAUGGGAGUGGUGGAGAGAGCUGGAUUUUAUCUCUACAGUACAAUGCUGUUCUUUGAUUCCCAGGGACAGCAUCUCGGACAGCAUCGCAAGAUAACACUAGUGGCAUCAGAGAGUGCAGUGUGGAAUUCUGGAGGGAAAUCAACAUUGCCAAUAUAUGAGACCUCGAUUGGGAAAAUUGGUGGCCUUACCUGUUGGGACAAUAAAUGGCCACUUCUAAGAACUGAGUUAUAUGAUAAAGGUGUAGAAAUAUAUUGUGCGCCUACGGCUGAUGCAGGGGAAAUAUGGAAAGCAUCCAUGAUCCAUAUUGCCCUCGAAGGUGGUUGCUUUGUUCUUUCUGCAAAUCAAUUUUGCAGGAGGAGAGAUUAUCCAUUUCCACCUGGAGAUUCAAAUGGUGAUGCAUCAUUAGAUGCCAUCACAUGCGCUGGAGGUAGUGUUAUCAUUUCACCAUCAGGGACCAUCUUGGCUGGUCCUAGUUACCAUGGAGAAUGUCUUAUCUCAGCUGAUCUAGACCUUGGAGAUAUCAUUCUAGCAAAGACAAAAUAUGGCGGAAUUAGAACCAUGUCAGGGUGACUGCAAAUGGAUCCAAUCCCUUUUUGUCUGCGACAGAAAUGAAAACUAAAGCUCCUGGAGAGCUUUCAGAGCAACUUAGCUGUGUAGAACAUGUUAGUUCUAGAAUAACCUUUUCUAGUCUACUAAUGGGAAUGCCUAGAAUUUGUUUAUCAUCAGUUUUCUCCAGUUUCCAUGGGUACAAAGUGCAGGGCAAGACUUGUCUGCUGGCCUAAAUAACUAGGUUCAGAGAAACUGAGUGUGCUUGUAUAAUAGCCAUUCUGGGCAAUUUUGAUGUGGACAGUAGGUCCGAGGUUAAAUUAGAUUGUAAGAUUUGGCCAAACCCGGUGUAACGUAGAGUUGCUGAAACUAAUUCGAAUGCUUUUGAUACUGUUACAAAAUCUAGAUUAUCAAUGAAUUCUCUUGCUUGAGGAA